CGGCAUCUAACAAAGCUUUUCGAUGCCAUGGCUGGCCUGAGAUUUAAGCCAGAUCCAGAUAAUCAUGAGAAGUUUACUAAGAUGGCUUUAGGAAUGUACAGCAAAGAUGGUGAAUAUGUGGAAUUUGAUGAAGAGUGUGAUUGUUCUGGCCCAGUGGAGGUGUGGCUGUCUCGGCUUCUUCAGAAAAUGUGCUCCACUGUUCGUUAUUACAUGACUGAAGCUGUUAUCACUUACGAAGAAAAACCUCGAGAACAUUGGUUAUUCGAUUACCCAGCUCAAGUAUCCUUAUGUGGCACUCAAAUUUGGUGGACCAUGGAGGUCAAUAUUGCUUUUGGUCGACUGGAAGAAGGCUAUGAAAAUGCCUUAAAAGAUUAUCUCAAAAAACAGGUAAACCAGUUAAAUACACUGAUUACAAUGUUGUUGGGAGAUCUGAGUAAGGGGGACCGUCAGAAAAUAAUGACAAUAUGUACCAUAGAUGUCCACUCACGAGAUGUGGUAAACAAGAUGAUUAUUAACAAGGUUGAGAGUUCCUGGGAGUUCAUUUGGCAAUCUCAGCUUCGACAUCGGUGGGACGAACAACACAAGGAUUGUUUUGCUAACAUCUGUGAUGCUCAAUUUCGUUACUCCCACGAGUACUUAGGGAACACUCCUAGGCUUGUUAUUACUCCUCUUACCGAUCGAUGCUAUAUUACCCUUACUCAGUCUCUACAUCUUAUUAUGGGAGGUGCCCCAGCAGGCCCUGCAGGGACUGGAAAGACAGAAACUACAAAGGACUUGGGACGAGCUUUGGGUAUAAUGGUGUACGUUUUCAACUGUUCUGAACAGAUGGAUUACAAAUCUUGUGGAAAUAUCUACAAAGGUCUUGCCCAAACUGGUGCGUGGGGCUGUUUUGAUGAAUUCAAUAGGAUCUCUAUUGAAGUAUUAUCUGUGGUAGCUGUACAGGUAAAGUCUGUCCAAGAUGCUAUUCGGGAUAAAAAGAAGACAUUUAACUUCCUCGGUGAAGAAAUCUCUCUUAUUCCAACUGUUGGAAUAUUUAUCACUAUGAAUCCUGGUUAUGCUGGAAGAACAGAGCUUCCAGAAAACUUGAAAGCCCUUUUUAGACCAUGUGCCAUGGUAGUUCCAGAUUUUGAGCUGAUUUGUGAGAUUAUGUUAGUAGCUGAAGGAUUUAUUGAAGCAAGAAUAUUGGCUCGCAAGUUCAUCACCCUGUACACACUUUGUAAGGAACUGUUGUCUAAACAAGAUCACUACGACUGGGGUUUAAGAGCCAUCAAGUCUGUGUUAGUGGUAGCAGGAUCUCUGAAACGUGGUGACCCUGAAAGACCCGAAGAUCAGGUGUUGAUGAGAGCUCUGAGAGAUUUCAACAUCCCGAAGAUUGUAACAGACGAUGUUCCAGUCUUUAUGGGGUUAAUUGGAGAUCUGUUUCCAUCCCUGGAAGUCCCCAGAAAAAGAGAUCCAGUUCUGGAAAAUGAAGUGAGGAAAGCAGCCAUUGAACUUAAGCUUCAACCAGAGGAUAAUUUCAUUUUAAAGGUUGUGCAGCUGGAAGAACUGCUUCAGGUUCGUCAUUCUGUGUUUGUAAUUGGUAGUACUGGCACUGGCAAGACUCAAGUGUGUAGGACCCUUCUGAAAACAUAUCACAACAUGAAACGCAAACCAGUGGCUCAUGACCUUAACCCUAAAGCUGUAACAAAUGAUGAAUUGUUUGGGAUAAUUAACCCAUCAACAAGAGAAUGGAAAGAUGGAUUAUUUUCUGUUAUAAUGAGAGACCUUGCUAACCUUCCUGGUGACGGACCCAAAUGGAUUAUACUAGAUGGUGACAUUGAUCCCAUGUGGAUUGAAUCACUAAAUACAGUCAUGGAUGAUAAUAAGGUCUUGACACUUGCUAGCAACGAGCGGAUUUCUCUGACACCAUCGAUGAGGCUCGUGUUUGAAAUCAGUAAUUUGCGCACUGCUACUCCAGCCACAGUGUCUCGAGCUGGAAUUUUGUUUCUAAAUCCAGGAGAUCUCGGUUGGAACCCCUAUGUUGCCAGCUGGAUUGAUACUCGGGAAGUCCAGUCGGAAAAAGCAAAUCUAAUGAUUUUGUUUGAUAAAUAUGUUCCUACAUGUUUAGAGACUUUUCGAAUGAGAUUCAAGAAGAUCACUCCCAUUCCUGAACUCAGUCAUAUACAAAUGCUGUGUUAUUUGCUUGACUGCUUGUUGAUUCCCGAGAACACACCACCGGAUAGUCCAAAAGAUGUUUAUGAAUUAUAUUUUGUCUUUGCUUGCAUAUGGGCUUUUGGUGCUGCAAUGUUUCAAGAUCAACUGGUAGAUUAUCGAGUUGAAUUUUCAAAAUGGUGGAUCAAUGAAUUUAAAACAGUGAAGUUUCCAUCCCAAGGAACCAUCUUUGAUUAUUUUGUAGAUCGUGAAUCAAAAAAACUCACACUAUGGGCAGAGAAAGUUGUGAAGUUUGAAUUAGAUCCCGAUCUUCCCUUACAGGCUGCUCUAGUUCACACCUCAGAAACUACCAGAAUUCGCUUCUUUCUAGACCUUUUAAUGGAGAAGUGUCAUCCUGUGAUGCUUGUUGGAAGUGCUGGAUGUGGGAAAACAGUAUUAAUCAGUGAGAAACUUUCUUUGUUGUCAGAAAACUUCAUGGUUGCUAAUGUACCCUUCAAUUUCUAUACAACGUCAGAAAUGUUACAGAAGGUUUUAGAGAAACCAUUGGAGAAAAAAGCAGGUCGAAAUUAUGGACCACCUGGCAAUAGACGUCUUGUGUACUUCAUUGACGAUGUAAACAUGCCAAAGGUCGACGAGUAUGGUACGGUUCAGCCCCACACCCUGAUACGACAACACCUGGACUACAGCCACUGGUAUGAUAGGACAAAGCUGAGUUUAAAGGAGAUCCAUAAUUGCCAGUAUGUGGCCUGUAUGAAUCCAACUGCAGGAAGUUUUGUAAUAAAUCCUAGAUUGCAGCGUCAUUUCUGCGUCUUUGCUGUGAGUUUCCCGGGAAUGGAAGCCCUCCACACUAUUUACAAUAGUAUACUGUCUCAACAUUUGGGAGGAACAUUUUACAAGUUUUCACCUGGAGUUCAGAAAGUGUGUUCUGUUCUUGUGACAACUGCUUUAGCUCUACAUCAGAAGGUUGCACAGACUUUUCUUCCUACAGCUAUCAAGUUUCACUAUGUCUUUAACCUCCGUGACCUCUCAAAUAUAUUUCAGGGUAUGCUGUUUUGUACUCCUGAAUGUGUGAAAACCCCAACAGAACUCGUAAGACUCUGGAUGCAUGAGUCACAGAGAGUGUAUCGAGACAAACUAACAGAAGAAAAGGACAUUGAGAAUUUCAACAAGCUUCAAACAGAGGUUGUGAAGAAAAAUUUUGAAGAUUUAGAAGAGCCUGUUCUCAACCAACAACCUCUUAUCUAUUAUCACUUCACCAAGGGGAUGGGGGAGAGUAAAUACAUGCCAGUAAACUCUUGGAAUGAACUUUCUCAAACACUUACUGAAGGCUUAGAUAGUUACAAUGAAAUCAAUGCUGCCAUGAGUCUUGUUUUAUUUGAAGAUGCCAUGCAACAUGUCUGCCGUAUCAACAGAAUUCUUGAGUCACCUAGAGGUAAUGCUCUACUUGUGGGAGUAGGGGGUAGUGGAAAGCAGUCUCUGGCUCGACUAGCUGCUUAUAUCAGUGGUCUGGAGGUGUUUCAGAUAUCUCUACGAAAAGGUUAUGGGAUUCCAGACCUUAAGGCAGAUCUUGCAAUGCUUUAUAAUAAAGCUGGCCUGAAAAAUGUGGGCACCAUAUUUCUAAUGACAGAUGCACAGGUGGCUGAUGAACAGUACCUAGUGCUAAUCAAUGAUUUGUUGGCUUCUGGAGAAAUUCCUGAACUCUUUGCUGAUGACGAGGUGGAGAACAUUAUAAAUGGAAUACGUAGUGAAGUGAAAGCUGCAGGUGUAAUGGACUCUCGUGAGAACUGUUGGAAAUUCUUCAUAGACAGAGUUCGAAGACAGCUAAAGGUUAUACUUUGUUUUUCACCUGUUGGAACAAUCCUGAGAGUACGUAGUCGCAGGUUUCCUGCUGUUACGAACUGUACCUGCAUAGACUGGUUUCACAGUUGGCCACAGGAAGCUCUUAUGUCUGUUAGUUUAAGAUUCCUAGGAGAAAUUGAAGUUUUGCCUGAAGAACUGAGAGAGCCAAUAGCUAAGUUUAUGGCCUUUGUUCACACGUCAGUGAAUGAUAUCAGUGCUUUAUAUCUAACCAAUGAAAGACGCUAUAAUUAUACCACUCCUAAGAGCUUUCUGGAGCAGAUCAAGCUGUACGGCAAUCUACUGAGGAAUAAGAAUCAGGAACUUCAAUCAAAAAUCCAACGUUUGGAGAAUGGAUUGCAGAAGUUGUUGUCUACAUCAUCUCAGGUAGAUGACAUGAA